AUGGCCUACCUGCUGGGCUGGAAAGACAUACUGCGACCGAUUCGUGAUGGAUACCGCCACUUGUUCCCCAUGCCAGACACCGGGCCGACGCCUGAUGAGAGACGCAAACAGCGUGAUUUGGAUCGGCUCAAAGGCUUCACAUACUUCGACACAUUUGACCAGCUGGAGUCAUGGGUAGAGGGGGAUUCUGACCCUCCCCAAAGAGCCAAUACGCCGCGCCUACGAACAAAGGAUCGAAAUGUCCACGACGACCCCGGCAAAGCACGUGUUCUGUUGAUCCACGACUACUCGGGCAACUACCAUGCAUAUGAGAGCGUGCAAGCGACCGGUGUGGAAAAAGAGCUUUAUUCAUGUGGAUAUCUUCAAUUCAUCAAUGUGUUCAUCUACUUCUCACACAAGCUGGUAUGCGUGCCCCCGCCAACAUGGACGAAUACGCUGCAUCGGAAUGGGGUAGAGGUUUUGGGCACCAUCCUGAUUGAGCCGCAAAUCGAGGGCUCUGAACGCCUCCUACAGUACACAGUUGACGGGGGCGAUAUGCACUUUCCAUUGGCAAAAACAUUAGCAAGCAUUGCCACACAUUAUGGCUUCGACGGCUGGCUAGUGAACAUCGAAAAGGCAUUCCUGAACGAUACUUGGAGUGUCGAGACCCUUGAGGCAUUCCUUUGCCAGCUGAAGAACGAGAUGAGUGAGGGAAUGAGGCUUAUAUGGUAUGAUGCUCUUACCGCGUCGAACAAGAUUUCGUAUCAAAAUGCACUCAACACAUCCAACAUCAAGUUUGCCACGGCCUGUGGAAGUAUACUCACAAAUUACUGCUGGAAAGAUGCUGAUGCUGAGAACUCCCUUGAUCUCGCUCUUUCAAUUAAAUUUCCGCCUCAAAACAUUUUCUUCGGCAUUGACGUAUGGGCACAGAAUAAGUCGAGUUUCACCCACCCACGCGUUACGUAUCCCGAAUAUGGUGGAGGUGGCACAAACACUGGCGUAGCUGUUGCUAGGCUCGCAGAGUUGGGCCUAUCAGCAGGCAUAUUUGCCCCAGCAUGGUCGUUUGAGCAUUUCCCGGGCCAUGGCCUGGAUAUUGAACAUGCAGUUUGGGAGGGAACUCCGCUCGCAGAAGAUAUAGAAUGCUCUUGCGGGGAUUGCUCAUCCCGCCAUCAAGCAAACGAAAGUUCUGCACUCUUGAAGACUGCGGAAGAGAGGACAGUUGGCUCGGAAAGCUUCUUCUUCACUGAUUUUGAUCGCGCUUUCGCUGUGCACGAUGACAAAGCAAACGACCUGUUUAACGGCUACAGCACCCAUGCACAACUAGGCAGUCAGUCUAUCCUUCCUUGUCCGAUGAUGUUUAGGGACAGCAAUCAGCCUGUUCAGCUUCGGCAUUAUCUGGAGAACGCGAGCUCUUCUAGCCUGGUAAUUGAAGCUGUGCAAAACCAACCAAACGUGGACGACUCGCUCGAAGUAUGGCUUCCACUUUUCAAAGUCAACAUGCCGGCAGACGGAUCGUUACAGGUUGAAAUAGGUAGUUUAAACAGGUCAUUCCCUCCAACAAGCCGCGCUACUGUCAGCUUCUACCUUCGUACUACGGAGAGUGCUCAUCUUUUGACUAUCGCACCUGGAAAGCAGCUGGAGCGAACAGCAAGCACACCAAAAUCAUCGACACCCAACACACGUAUUCAAGAGCUUGGAAUUCAUGUGAAAGGUUCACUUGACGCAAGUCCGGGACAGACUAUGCGGCUGCUAGAGAUUACCGCAAUCCGUAUCGUGCCCAUAUCUGCUUUGGAUAUCUCGCCAUCCUGCUCCAUCGACCAACUGCGACUUGAGAAACAGGGUGAAGGAGACUGUGAGCAUGUACGGCUAUGUUGGAGCUUCAGCACGAGCCCAAGAACCGAGCAGAAAAACACAGGAAUUCCCCAUAGCCACAUUACAGGCCCUUUCUCGCAUUUUGCCAUCUACGUCGAUGGAAUGAUGCUGGGCAAAGCGUAUUCGUUGGUGUACAUACUGCAAAACACAUUUAUCGAGAAAAAUACCGGAAAGACAGUCCAGUUUGAGCUUAUUGGUAUAAGCUUCGACGACCGAAUCCUCGCAAAGAAAAGCGAAAACUUAUCCCCGUUCUUCACAUCGUCACAACCCCGACUACUUCACGCAUCCGCAAUCACGAUGAGUCCAUCGAAGCGCAAGGCCGGAAAGGAUGAAUCGCCUCCUAAACCAAAGAAGCCAAAGACUGAAACACCUGCCUAUCACCUCGCACCGUCGCGACAAGAUGAUAGUGGUCAGAUAAUAUGGCCGGCGAGGCGCCCACAAAUCGAACGCGCACGUGAGAUUAUCAGGGAAUGUGCUGCGGCCCAGAAGCCGACUGUCAUCAUCCCAGACAAGGAUGCAGAUGGCCUUUCCUCUGGUGCUAUACUUCAUCACACCCUUACUACUCUCGGUCUAUCAUCUGAUCGUAUAUCUGUGUACUUUCCCCCAAAGGGCUCUAAUGUACAUGACGAUGGCACAAAACAAGCGCUUACUGCCAUGUCACCAACAUAUAUCUUUGUCUUGGACCAGGGCAGCAGAAAGAGUCCACCUCUGAUUGACUUGCCACAUACAUGCGUUGUGAUAGACCACCAUUUUGCAGAUGAAGGAGGAUUUCCAGAGGGUGCCGAGUAUGUCACAGCCCACGACUACCCGCCAGUCGCGACUAGUGCUCUUUUGACAUACAACAUCUGCGUGCCUCUGCAUCCGGCCUUGGGCGACAAGAUCUCGUGGCUCGCUGCUUUGGGUACUCAUGGCGACCUAGGAAACACCAUCAAAUGGGAGCCCCCAUUUCCGGAUAUGAAGGCUACCUUCAAACAGCACACGAAGAAGGCUGUCAACGAUGCAGUGGCCCUGGUAAACGCGCCGCGACGGUCAGCAGCUUACAACGUCGAGGAUGCGUGGGAUGCGGUGCUCUCUGCAGAAAACCCUGGCUCUGUUGUCAAGAAUGAAAAGCUUCGUGAUGCAUCUUUGGAGGUACGACGUGAGACCGACCGCUGCACACGUGUGCCGCCCAAGUUCUCCGCAGACGCCACCAUCGCCCUUCUCUCGAUAUCCUCAGCUGCGCAGAUUCAUCCCGUCAUCGCGACCCGCUGGUCGGGUACGCUCAAGUCGAGCAAGCUGGAGAUUGUCAUGUGUGCAAACGAGGGCUAUCUCCCGGACAGAGUCAAUUUCUCGUGCCGGGUAGCUAAAUGUGCGCGAGCGAGGGAAGGAGAGGAGAAGAUUGAUAUCAUCAAGAAGCUUGAGAGCAUUGUUGCCGAAGACAAAGAUCUUAGAGCAAGACUUGGAGAAAGUUUUGCAAGGGGCCAUAAAGAAGCCAGUGGCGGCAUCGUGGGAAAGCAAGAGUGGGAAGAGUUGAAGAAACUAAUGGGCAUCGGUGAGCGUACAAAGACGGAGGCUAGUACAAAGACAGAGGCUCGUACGAAGAAAGAGACGCCAGUGCAGAAGAAUACGCUGGCCAACUACUUUGGCAAGACUGAAAAGGUAGAGAGCGUAUAG